UCAAACGUCGCGAAUUUUUCCCUGCCGUGCGCUCCGGAUUUUCGCUUGAAUCGACGAAUUUUGGCAGCCCAGGAUGGCUAAAAAGAAAGGAGAGGAACAGGACUUCGAAGAGGAACCCAACUUCGAUGAUCCGGAGGGAUUUGUGGACGAUGUUUCGGACGAAGAGCUGCUCGGGGAUUUUCUGAAGCAAAAACCGUGUGAAUCCGAUGGCGUGGAAAACGUGAUAGUAGUCGAUAAUAUGCCCGUAGUCGGAGCGUCCCGCUUCCUGAAGCUAAAGGGCAUUAUUGAGAAGAUCUUCAAGCACGCCGGCACAAUCGUCAAUGUGCACUACCCGAAGGAUGAGGAAGACAAUACCAAGGGUUACGCGUUCAUCGAGUACAAGAACCUCGAAAGUGCCGAAGAGGCGGUGAAAUCGUUGAACAAUCACCGUCUGGAUAAGCAUUUUACGCUGUUGGUGAAUCGGUUUUCGGACUUCCAGAAGUAUUCCGACAUCCCUAAAGAGUGGUCUCCACCCCAGCCGCAACCGUACAAGGUGCAGAACGAUUUGUACAACUUCCUGUCGGAACCGGACGCGCAGGAUCAAUUCUGCGUUGUUUCGGAAACGGUGCCUGGCUCGGUGCAGGUUCAAUUCUGCCAGAACACCCAACCCGAACCGACGGAAUUGCUGAAGCGAGAGCGUUUCACUGAUACGUACGUGAAGUGGUCCCCGAAAGGAACGUACAUCGUGACGUUCCACAAGCAGGGUGUCAUCAUCUGGGGUGGAUCGAACUUCGUGAAAGUGAACAAAUUCCCGCACGGUAACGCUCAAUUUGUCGAUAUCUCGCCGUGUGAGCAGUAUUUAGUGACAUAUGGACCGAACGGGCAAAAAAUCGUCAUCUGGGACAUUCGAACUGGAGCCGAGAAGCGAGCCUUCGUUUCUGAUGGCAUGUCGAACGCAUCGAUGCUGCGCUGGUCGCAUGACGAUCGGUACGUGGCCAGAUUGAUCGACAGUCAGAUUCAGAUCUACGACACGACCACCUUCUUCCUGCUGGACAUGAAGUCCAUCAAGGUGGAAGGUAUCCGCAACUUCAGCUGGUCACCGACGGAUAAUAUCAUAGCCUAUUGGGUGGCAGAGGAGGUGGACGUUCCUGCCAAGGUGACACUGCUAGCCAUCCCGAAAAAGACGGAACUUCGCACAAAGAAUUUGUUCAACGUAGCGGAUUGCAAGAUUCAUUGGCAAAAGUCCGGCGAUUAUCUGUGUGUGAAGGUCGAUCGGUUCUCGAAAUCGAAAAAAGAAAAGAAGGACAAAAAGGAUUCGGAUGUGAAAUUCCUGGGUAUGUUUUACAACUUUGAAAUCUUCCACAUGCGCGAAAAGGACAUUCCAGUGGAUUCGGUCGAAGUGAAGGAAACGAUUCUUGCCUUUGCCUGGGAACCGGUAGGAUCUAAGUUCUCCAUCAUCCAUGGUGAACCAGCAUCCGCUAACGUGAGCUUCUACGAAACUAACAAAGGUCAAGAGCCGGUAUUAGUGAAAAAGAUGGAGAAGAAGGUUUGUAGCCAUUUGUUCUGGUCUCCACGAGGCCAGUUCAUUGUGCUUGCAAAUCUGCAGAUGGGUGCAUUCGAGUUCGUUGACACGAACGAUUUCUCCAUCAUGAAGACGGGCGAUCAUUACCGGGCAUCGGAGGUCGAAUGGGAUCCGACUGGCCGAUACGUUGUGACAGGAACAUCUGGAAAGGCGAAAGAAGACCAGGGUUACUACAUGUGGUCGUUCCAAGGACGUAUAUUGAAACGCGUGAACUUAAAGAACUUUAUGCUUUUCCUGUGGCGACCGCGACCACCGACGCUGCUAACGGAAGCCAAGCAGAAGGAGAUUCGCAAAAAUCUGAAGAAGUACUACUCACAGUUCGAGAGCAAGGAUCGUUUGCGAAUGACCCGCGCCUCGAAGGAAUUGAUCGAGAAGCGCGCGAAGUUACGGGAGCAGUUUACCGAGUACCGCUCGAAGCGUGUCAAGGAGUGGGAGGAUCAGAAGUAUCGUCGUAUGCAGUUGAGAAACAAUAUCGACACAGACACACUGGAGGCUGAUCCAGAUAAUGUUGAAGAGGAGAUUGUUGAAAUACUUAUUCGUGAAGAUACAACCGUUAUCGAGUAAUCCGUAGAAGGCACUCUCGGCUUCAUUAGCCGUCAGGAUUCAGUCCUCACGCUGGUGUGACCGCUUUCAAAACAGGAAGCGCUGUCACUCGUUCGAGGAUUUUUUACUGCGGUGGGAAGUGCGCAGCAAGCGACGCAAGAAAGCCUACGAUAUCUAACUCUGGUUUCACAUACACACCAACACUCCAAACAACAUCUCUUAACUAUUUGAUUUUUGAAAAUCCAACUAACAUCUUCUGGGUUGAAUAACUAAAAGGAUUGAAGGAUAGAAGAAAAACAUCAUUGUGCUUCCUUCUGGCAGUUAUACACUCGAAAUUCAACGAAAGCCGUUUCGUACUAGUGUGUAUGUGUGUGAUUGGUGCUCCUGAAAGUGCAUCGUUUGGAUUUUAUUUUUGUUCAAUGGUGUUUGAAGAUCCUUCAUUCAUAGCAAGCAAAUAAAAGAAGAUCACUUUAAGCAACUGCGCAUUCGGGAGGUAAAGAUCAGAUACCAGACUGACAUAUAUAGAUAAUCGUGAUCAGUUUUGUGUGCAUUUGUGCAACACAUUUGUGAAACCGACUGUUAAAGGUUUUGGAAAGCUGUGGUGUGAUACUCGGCAGCAUUCGGCACACCUGAAGAUCCCUGUUCGUUGUUAUUCAACAUCGUCAUCUUUCAGGACAGCAGCUCCUCGGUUUGAUUCAACGUAGCUUAAAUAACCACUUUCAAGUAUAUAGUAUCAUCAAUUGAAUCGGAAUCUAAACUAUUCAGUAUGAUUAAUAAUAAUAAAUAUAGUAUGCUAUUGUAUGAUUCAUCAUUGGACAAACAA